CCUGGUCCUGUAGUCGAUCGAAAAGGAAUCAAAUUAUGCCAUUGGAAUAUACAACAUCUCACGGACAGUAAAUUUGAAGAGAUUCGCAACUUAUUGACAUGCCCCAGCAAGGAGCUUUUUGGUCUGGACAUUCUCAUUUUAUCGGAGACCUUCUGUACCGAAAAAAUACCAGAAACAUUUUACAGCAUUCCCGGCUACAAAGUCUAUCGAAAGGACAGAACUGGAAAGUCAGGCGGUGGAUUAUGUGUAUAUGUUAAAAACUCAGUUCAAGCUGAGCGACGAAUUGAUCUCGAAACAAAAGAUGUGGAAAUAAUAUGGCUCGAAACCUGUCCCUACAAAUCGAAACGGCCUCUAUUCAUCGGGGGAAUCUACAGACCACCCUCAUCAAACGCUGCUAGUGAUAAGAGUAUCGGGAAAAACAUCGAAAAUGUCUCUCUUUUAGGUCACGAGGUGGUACUUUUGGGUGACAUAAACAUUGAUUAUUUAUGCACAACGAAAUUUGCAAAUCAUACAUUCACGAAAGUAUUAAAGUCAUUCAACCUUUCGCAGCUUAUGAAUGUGAUUACACGCCCCAUAUCACGCACCUGUCUCGAUCACAUCUGGUGCACCCAUGCUGAACGGCUAAACAAUGUCAAAGUUUUAAAUAUUGGAAUAUCAGAUCAUUUGCCUAUUAUGACAACCAGGAUAUACAAACGUGCGUGUCACAACAAGGGUAAGCAUUCCACAAUAAACUAUCGCGACGUAAAGCAUUUAAACAAGGACAAAUUCAUUACCGCCCUUAAAAAUGCACCGUGGGAUAGUGCUUUUGUAUUUGAUGACGCAAAUGACACUGUCUAUGCAUGGUAUGAAAUAUUUAAUGAUGUCGUAAAUGAAUAUCUUCCCUUAAAACAAAAGCGGGUAAAGCGAAAUACACAGCCUAAAUGGUUCAAUAAUAUAAUUGGGGAGGACAUAAAGGCACGCGAUAAACUGUAUUACAAAGCAAGGAAAUAUCAAACUGACGAAGAUUGGGCAAACUACCGCAUUGCAAAGAACAAAGUGACAAAAACAAUAAGAAAUGCGAAGAAAAAUUACUUUAGUGAUAAAUUUCAAGAAAAUAAACAAAACCCCAGUAAACUUUGGAACUUGAUUAAAAAUCUAACAAAUGAUGAUGCUGGAAAAAAUGAAAGUGUCAAAUUUUUGACCGAAAAUAGUACGACUUUAAAAGAUAAAGUGACCAUUGCUGAAACAUUUAAUCGCUUCUUUGUCGACCCGCAAAACAACCUCGCGUCCACCUCAGCGCCCGUAGAAAUAGAACAAACACCAAAUCUAGAUCCUAUUCCCCAUGUCGAUACUACAUUCAGCAUUCCCCCCAUGUCAAAAUUAAGAGUGAUUGAGUUACUUCUAUCCAUCCCCGUUCAUAAAUCCACAGGAGACGAUGGCAUUAGCGCCAAAAUAAUGAGAAUAGCAGCACCAGCUAUAGCCGAACCAUUAAGCCAGCUGAUGAAUCGUUGCAUAAACACUCAAACGUUCCCCUCAAAAUGGAAGGUUGCUAAGGUCACCCCAAUAUAUAAAGGGAAGGGAAACCGAGAUGAAAAGUCUAACUACAGGCCUAUAUCAGUGCUUCCCAUUUUAUCUAAGCUACUGGAAAGGCACAUAUGUGAACAUAUGUAUGGGUUUCUGCAACAACGAAACUUAUUUUAUCGACUUCAAUCCGGGUUUCGUAAACACCAUUCGACUGAAACUGCACUCAUCAGACUCAUUGACCAAUUGCUACUUGAUCUGGAUAAAAACAAGGUAACUGGACUAAUUUUUGUAGACUAUAAGAAAGCCUUCGAUCUGAUAGACCAUCAACUGCUCCUUAACAAGUUACAUAAUUAUGGCAUUCAGGGGGAUGAGCUAAACCUCUUAAAAGACUAUCUUAGAAACCGUUGGCAGUAUGUAAAUAUUGAUGGUUCCCGUUCUCCGAAAAUAGAGGUGAAAUGCGGUGUGCCACAAGGAAGUAUUUUGGGUCCAAUCUUCUUCCUUUUGUUUAUCAACGAUCUUCCGUCAGAGGUAUUCCACUCCGAGGUCGACAUAUAUGCGGAUGAUACUACCCUUAGUCACUCCGCAGAAGUGGAUUUGGCACCUACAGCCAUAGAAACAGCACUACAGCUUGAUUUGGACGGCAUUGUAAGGUGGUCAAAAACAAACAAAAUGAUCAUAAAUGCCAAAAAGACAAAAUCUAUGCUUGUUACCGGAAAGAGAUUGGCCAAAAAGUUGCCGACAAAGAUAUUGUCGUUACAGUCUGAAAACGAGGAUAUUGAACAAGUUCAUUUCCAGAAACUUUUAGGAGUCACUAUCGAUCAAGAACUGACUUUUGAUAAACACGUGGAAGAACUUUCUAAGAAAUUGGGACGACUGGGCGUUCUUCGGAAAAUUAAACGGUUUCUUCCUUUAGACCAACGUAAACUGUACUACAACACCAUGUUUAAGCAAGUCAUGAUGUAUGGUGCUACAGUUUGGGCUAACUGCUCCGUGGAAAACUUGAAAACAAUUCUUCGAUUGCAAAAACGUACUGCCCGCAUCAUUUUGGAUGUCGGUACAAGAACAAACAGCGUAUCAUUGUUUAAGCAGCUAAAUUGGCUUGCUUUUCACGACGAAGUGAGGUUGAACAAAUGUGUCUUAGCUUACAAACGGUUUCAUGGAAAUUGCCCAUCAUAUAUUAAUGAUAUUCUAACCUCAAAUGCAGACAUACAAACCCGUUCGUCAGGCCGUUACAGUCAAAGAAACUUGGUAUGUCCACGCUAUAGCCGAGUCAUGGAAGGGGGAAAGUCUUUCCAGGUCUCCACGUGUAAGCUUUGGAACUCUAUACCUCCUCAUAUAAAAACUUCCGAAAAAUCUGUAGAAACUUUUAAGAAUGAACUUUUUAACUAUUUUUUUCAUAGGUAUAAUGAUAUUGAUUCUUUCACAAUAUCUUGACUUUUUAACUUAUGAACUUAUAGUAUUAUCAUGAUUACAUGUUAUAUAGUAUUUUUAAUUGUAUGUAAUGUAGUUAUAGUAUAAGAGGGCCACUUGUUAGUCAGUUGAUAUACUGUUCAGUGUUUACCCUCGUUAAAUAAAGUUGAUUGAUUGAUUUGAAGGAUCUCCCUUCCAAGUGGGAUUUACAUUUUGAUGAAAUGUUGGAAAAAGCCAGUGCAAGGAUGUACAUAAUGCGUGUCUGUAAAUACUAUGGCUUCCCAAUCAAACAACUGGACAUGCUGUUUAACACUUUAAUUAUGCCUAUAAUCACUUACGGCAUAGAACUUUGGGGAGGCGCAUACUUCAAUAAAUACAUUAGUCAAAUAGACAAAUUCAUCAAUCGCGCUCACAGAAAUGGUUGCAUAUCGGAAAAAUUGAAUAUUAAGGAGAUAAGCAUCAAAAGGGACAAGAAACUUUGGGAUAAAGUAAUACAUAAUAAAGAUAAUGCACUACAGGAGCUUUUACCAGAUAAAUUAAAUAGACACCUUAGGCCAAGGGGACACGAGUUUGAACUUCCAUUAGUGAGAACAGAGCGAUUUAAAAGUUCUUUUGUUUAUCGAUGUUUGUUUAACUUUGUUUAACCAAUUUUAACCUUUACCUUUUAACAUUAUUAAUAUUUUUAUCCAUAACUGUAUAUAUCUAGUUAUUACCUUAUAGAUAUCAAUAAUUUUAUCUUAUAUAUUUUUAUAAUGUAAACUCACAGACGGGUGUUCUUGAGUAUGAAUAAAGACUGUUAUUAUUAUUAUUAUUAUUAUCUUUCUUCCAAAUAAUAGUUCGGCGGGCGUUUUGUCGGUACUUGCGUGCGGAGUUGCGCCAAAGUUGCGCAGGAAGCGAUACAGCUGUUGUUUCCAAUUGAGCUGCUCAGUGUGUGCGUGAUAAUUGCUUUGUUUAAAGUUCGCAUGAAUAUCUCUGCUUUGGCAUUUGCCUUGGGUCACAGUGAAGUAAUCUUUCGGUGGCUGAACCCUAGAUCUUCUGAAAAUUCCUUAAAUCCUUGACUAUUAAAAGGGGGUCCGUUAUCAGUUUUUAUUUCUAUCGGAAUGCCAUGGGUAGAAAGAAUCUUGUCAAACUCUGGUUUUGUUGCCUUUGUUGAGGUGGACUUCAGAAUUUCUACUUCCGGAUAUCGAGAAUAUUCAUCAAUAACUACGAAUAGAUAGUCACCUGUUGAUAGAGGUCCACAAAAAUCUGCUGAAAGUUUCUGCCAAGGUCCAUCGGGUAGUUUCGUCAUUUGUAGAGGUUCGUGAUGUUUGGUGGUUGUCGCUGCUUGACAUGGUAUGCAAUUUUCUACCAUUGAUUUUGUUUUACCGUCUAUUCCAGGGAACCAAACUUUCUCUCUUAGCAGACGUUUAGUUUUUACCAAACCCUGAUGUCCUUCAUGGGCAAGUGAUAACGCAUGUGAGCGAAGUGGCGCUAGUAGAAUGAUUCGAGUUCCCUUCAGAAGCAAAUCAUCUUCAUUGGAUACUGUUAUUUCAUUACGAAGCUUGAAGUAUGCAUUCAUUUCCUGUCGGUCGACGCCAAUGUUUCGUUGGAUUGGAGUAACAGUCCAGUUGCCUGUUCGGAUUGCUUUGGUAAGGUGUUGUAAUGUUGGGUCGUUGACUGUCGCUGUUUUGACAUCAUCGAGGAAUAUUGCCUUGGGAGUGGCAUGCUGUGCGACAAAGCAUAUAUAUUCGUCUGCUAUCUUGGAGUACUGGUUUGAUGGUAAAGAUGGCUGUGGGUGGCGGGACAUGUAAUCAGCUGGGUUUGACUUCCCCGGUUGAUAUUUAACAGUGAAGUCAUAUCGCUGAAGUUUCAGUGACCAUCGUUCAAGACGUGCUGAACAUCGAGAUCGAGGAUUUGCUUGGAUUUUCUCAAGAGGUUUAUGAUACGUAAUUACUGUAAAAUGAGAAGCGUAGACGUAUAAAUGGAAAUGUUCACAUGCCCAGAGAAUAGCGAGAGUAAUAUCGUUGUUCAACAGGGUUUAACGCACGACUAGCAAAGCGAUAACUUUUUCUUCUUUCGUUUUGGAAUUUUUUUGCAUGAAAAUUGUGCCAAGACCUACAGGGCUGGCAUUGACAAUCAGGGUGGAGUCGCUCUUUGGAUUAAAAUAUGAUAUGGUUUUGUCAUCGGUAAGGUGUUUCUUAUAUGUGUCCAAAGCCGUUUGGUGUGCUGUGUGCUGACAUCCAUUGCCAGGUGGCGUUUGAUUUGUAGGCUUCUCACUUCCGUUGGAUUCUGUGGAGUACUGAUUUGUUGGAAUUCGAAGGCUUCGACUUUCUUUGGAUCUAGGGACGCACCGUCUUUAGAAAAGAUAUAACCAUAAAUUUCUAUGGAUGGCUUGUUGUAUUGACAUUUAGUCGGGUUGAGGGUUGAGGGUUAAGUUCAUUUUUUGCAGGCGUUGCAGGACUGCUUCCAAGGCAUGGUUAUGUGACUCCUGAUCGUUGCCAUAUAUGAUAAUAUCAUCACUUAUGUUUCGUGCACCUGGUAUGCCCUCAAGGAUUUGCCGUAUGGUUGCUUGAAAAACUUCCGCUGCUGAGGUAACUCCAAAAGGCAAUCUUGUGUAGCGUCGCAGACCUUUGUGUGUAGAGAAUGUUGUUAUGUACCGUGAUUCAGGCGCAAGUUCUAGCUGGUGAUAGCCUUGGUUUAAAUCAAGCUUGGAGAGAACAGUUGCUUCAUUUAAGUCGUUAAUAAGAUCAUUGAUAGUGGGUGUGAUGUGUCGUUGUCUCUCUAUCGCUUUGCUGGAAACGCGCAUGUCAACACAGAGGAGUACCUUUUCUGGAUUUUUUGGUUUGGGUACCACAACUAGUGGAGACACCCAUGGGUUGGACCAUGUACUUUUUCUAUUAUGCCUUCAUGAUUGUUCUAAUCGUGUUCGGUGUGGUUGGGCACUAGGUGUAACAGUUUCAUUGAUGUGAAGAUGAACUUAAUUUUCCAACUCCAUGAUAUCGAUCAUUGUAUUCGUCUAAUAAUUGUUUCAGUUUGUUUUCUUCUUGAACUUCUGGUUGUUGAUUUUAUGUUGCAUUAAUAGUUAACUUGAUAAGGUUUAAGGCUAAGGCUGUCUCGUAGCUAAGCAACGAACCACAGUUCCCUUGCAUUACAUGUAUUGUGGUCACAACAAUAGGAGUCGACGAUUCUAUUUCGACAUCAAAUUUUCAUACGAUAGGCAGAGGUGUUUUCGCGCCGUAUCCGUAUACCUUUGUGUUUGUCUUACAUAAAGUAAUGUGGGGGGGGGAUUUAUCUUGCGUGAAUAUUUUUGUAUUCGUAAAAGCGCGUGUUCGUCAAUAAUGUCAGCACUUGCACUGGUGUCGAUCACAAUUUCUGUUGGCAUGUUCAUGAUUUUUACGUGAACUUUGGGGCUUUUAACUUUGGAUUGAAUUGCAUGUGUUUUUCUAUUUCCAAACGAAAAUGUGUAUUCGUCGUCAGAACUCGAAUCUACCGGGUUUUAGUUGCUCUGUUCGAAUUUAUUUGCGCUUGUAGUAUCGUGUUGUUGUCGCUGCGUAGUAUUUACGGCUUUGACAUGAUUGACACUAUCAUCGGGUUUAAUAUUUCGAUUUGUAGACCGCCAACAACGAGCGAAGUGGUUCAUUUUCUGACACAAUCUACAGGCUUUCCCUUUUGCCGGGCAUAUUCCAUCUAAAUGAGGAUAGUUGUUUCCACAAUCGAAGCAUUUUUGUGAGUGAUUCGUUUCGCGAGGGCUUUGUUCAUAUAAGCGCUGUUGAAACUGUUGUUGUCGUUGAGUGCAAUUAAUUUCAUGGGAAUCGUCGUGCGUUUGUUCAAUGUUAGUCGCUUGUUUUUCAGCAGUUUCCAUUGCUCGACCAUGAUUGAGCAGUUGAUCAAGAGUAAGCUUUGACUCCGUCGCCUUAAUCGGGAUGAGACACAACCGAGUAUUAUCUGAGAUUUUAACUCUUUGUUUAGGUCGGUGAAUUCGCAGGUACUGGGCAAUUUUCUUAGACACGUAGAUCGUAGUCCUCUCCCGUCUCGUGUAGGGUAUCAAAAAUAUCAUAUGCUUCUUAACCAAUGUAGUGGAGCAGUAAUGAACGCUUUCGUUUGGGCUCGGUUACAUUCAUUCUGUUAAGAAGUUUUCAAAACGUUUCACCCAUUUGGUCCAACGGGGUUCUGUAGAUGCGGGGUCACUCUCCGGUACAAAUGGUGGGGAAAAUGGCAAGGCGACUUGUACAUUCGCCAUAUCAGCGUCGUGUUUACUGGUUCUGUUUGUUCUCCGGAACUUUCGCUCAUUUGGCGAUUUGCAAAUUAAUUCUCUAUCGAUAAUUUCGUACUUUAUUUUAUAACCUCGUCGCCAAUAUAAUGUUUUAUGUAUUUAUUCAUUUCGCUAUCUGAAUCGUUAAAGCUUUUCAAUCCUGUCUUUUGUCCUUGCACUAUAUUAAACCACAUCCCUUACUUAUAUAUUAACUAAUUAACUAAUUGUAUUAAUAUCAAAACUACACUACACUACACUAUUCAUUCUUUAUUACAAAUUAAUUUACAGGUGAUGGGUCUUGCUUAAUUAAGUCCUAGUUAAUAUAUACAAUUAGUGCCAUUAAUGGUCAUAGUAUCAAGAUCAGUUCAUAUAAGUGAGUUAUUUUUGUUCUAAGAAUUUAAAAAUGUCUAUAAAUCUAUAAUGUUCCAAAUAUAUAAGUAAAUUUCCUCCAUAUGUACAGAAUGUGAAUUAGAUACUGAUUACAAAUAUAUAUUAAGCAUGCUACUCAGAGUUAUCUGCAUCCACAGAACCCUCUGUUAUUCCAAGAUGUUCCCGGUAAAUGUUUGUUGAUCCUUGGAUAGCGUCAGUGCAACACAAUUUCCUAAACAAAGAACGAUAUCGUUUGGACAUCCCAAGUUGUCGUAAAACGUUUUCAUUGGCUGGAUGCCAGGAACCAAGGGCACCGAUCACAAAACCAAAGACCUCGCAUUUCUUUCCUUGACCAACGAAGAAUUGCUUCAACCCUUCAUAUUUAUUAAGUUUCCGUUGUUCAGCAUCACGCAGGGCUUCAGCAUUAUUAUCGAAGGGGCAACAUACAUCAAUAAUUAGCACUUUGUUAUCUUCUUCUACUAUUAUGUCAGGGCGAAGACGAGAAUUGGCUGCACGAACUUGUUGGUCGGUGGUGAUAGUUCCACUUUGAACGGCGUUGACGAUGCGGUCCACUAUGGUAUUGUGUCUCCGCAGGAUACUAGGCAUGUUACGAAGGCAGUGGCACAACACAUGAGAGAGAGUCUCAUCCGAGUUACAAUGGCGACAUUUUGGACAGGAAUUAGACCAACGACUCUUGACAUUAUUUACUGGGAGGCAGUUAAGUCGAGCUCGGUGGAUAAAACGCCAAUCUCUGAAACGAAUGUUUAAGCCAUUAUAUUGCCAGGUAGAACCAUUGGCGAAGGUGUCGGUAGUAAGCGCACGGCCUACUUUUCCUUGAUCAGGAAGAGCAAGUAAGGUGGAAGCAAAAUGAUCUUGAACAUGAAAAUGAAGGAAACGGCUAGCUUCUUUGGCAAGAACAGAACCAGAGUUCUCAGUGGAAAGGAUAGGGAGACCAUUGUCAUUGAAUUUAAUUUCAACACCAAGGUUACGUGUCGAUUUACGAACUCGGGUCCAUAAUGAUUGAAUGUUAUAACGUAAGUUGGUCAAACGGUCAUCGUGGAGGCUAGACAGGUAUUUUGAUUUUAAAGCAGGGGUUGGAUUAGAUCGGCUGGCGAGUUGGACAGUUUGGUUUAGAUCUUAGAUGGCAUCCGAGUACUCGUUCAAUAACUCUAAAUGGGAAGUUAAAGGAGAGUAUCAACGAAAAACUGAUUCAUCUAGCACUAGUUACUGGUCAAUUAAACAAUAAAGUCACCGAACACGCUGCCACAAAUAAGUAUUGCAUGAAUGAACCCGAGCUUUCUGACUGUAAUUGUGCUCAUCUUAACGCCGAUAUGGAGGGUAUUAAACUAGAUAUGACGAUUUUAGAAGCACGAAUGCUUGCCGCAAUGUCUGAAAACGAGCAUGAGUCGGAUAUUAUCUCGCUAAGAGUAAAACUAGUAGAUAUGGAAGCCGUUGUACAUAAUCAGGACGAAAUUAUUUCCCGACUUAGCGAAGAAAAUCUAUCCUUUAGGUCAAGGUUAUUGAACCUUGAAAAAUUAAUGCAUUUCAUGUCCCAAGAGUAUCGGAACAAAAGCAGUGCAGCAAUUAACCUAUCUAAUAGAGAGUUUUAGCUUGACGUUUACUGCAAACGUCAAACCGCUAACGAAGUUUUUUAUUUUACAAGUCUAUUAUAACAGCUUUUACACCAGUUUUGAAAAAAAAACCAGUUAUUAAAUUUGUGCUCUUUAGCAAUGAUUUAAAAGAAAGCAAAUUAACCACUACACACGUAUUCGCGAAAGCAGUAAAUUAUGAUUUGGCGUUUGAAGUUUACGUUUGGCGUAUAAAUUUCAUGCUUGAACUGCUAUGAGGGCUUGUAUAGUCGUUAAAGCAUGAAAUUUAUACGCCAAACGUAAACUUCAAACGCCAAAUCAUAAUUUACUGCUUUCGCGAAUACGUGACUAGUGGUUAAUUUGCUUUCUUUUCAAUCAUUGCUAAAGAGCACAAACUUAAUAAUUGUUUAUAUUUCAAAAAUGGUGUAAAAGCUGUUAUAAUAGACUUGUAAAAUCAAAAACUUCGUUAGCGGUUUGACGUUUGCCGUAAACGUCAACCUAAAACUCUCUAGUAUUACAAAAGAACCCUGAACGCGUAACCGCAAGCAAUCUAUUAAUGUGUAUAAAAACAGUUUGAGUUCACCUCGAAAUAUCGAUAACAUCUACCUCACGAUAACCAACAAUAUGUUAGUCCGUCUGUAAGUAAUAUUGAUUUUACGGCAGACGUGCCCCAGCCUAAUUCUCAAACUAAACAGAAAGUAGAUCUUACGGCAGACGAUCGUAUGGCAGACGAGUCCCAGCCUAAUCCUCUAAUUAAACAGAAAGUAGAUCUUACGGCAGACGAGCCUCUGCCAAACCCCUUAAUCGCCCAGAAUAAAGAAAUUAACUUACUCAAGAACGGGAAUUCAAACUCGAAAACAAAAUUUAACCGCGUCAGUAACGAAGAUAAAAAUAACAAGUACGUCAACUCUCCCAAAAGCUCUAUCCCUUGACCCUUUCUAUCCCGCCGAGGAUGGUGCGCUAAAGGGAACCGUUGUGAUUUUCAGCAUAAAGAGCCUGGUCGUGACAAACACAAAAUAUCCUGUCCUUUUCUACAAAGGAAUGGUUUUUGUUUGAAAGGGCACCGAUGUGAUUAUUCUCAUAUCCGUUUUUCUCAUGGUAUGGUGGCUCCCAGACCCAGGAUGAACGCCACUGCUUAUCCAAGUUCUUCCCUACAUACCCAUAUCUAUCAAUGUGCUCCCCCUUUUCAACCAGAUACGAGACACAACACAACACAAGGUCACCUUUUUUGUCCCAUUCCCCUGGCCUAUGAUUCCUCCCCCCCCCGCCCCCCACUAAUGAAUGCUCUUACUUGGCCCCCGCUGACAUACUGAACAUCCACGAUCAUAUACUCAUGACAUCUCCCCCUUAUCAGGAAAACCUACAAAACAUAACGGUUAGAAUCACAAACAGAAGUUUUAACAAAUCUUAUAAAAUACCCUCAAGAACACACGGUAAUUUAAUUACUGUCUCUUUUAAAACCCAAAAUGAGAACAAAAAGACGUUCGUGCCCAAAAUAUUACUCACAAACACCAUGUCACUCACCCCUAAAAUUGACGAAGUCUCUUGUUUUAUGAAAAUUCACAAUCCAGACGCUGCUUGUAUCACCGAAACUUGGCUCCAUGGAUCAAUUGACGAAUCGUGUCUUUAUAUAGAUGAUUAUAAUUUCAUCUUCAAAAACCGUUCAGUGGGCUGUCAUGGAGGUGUGGGUCUAUAUAUUAAGAACUCAAUACCCUUUGAAUGUUUAGACCAUCUACAGCAUCCCCUGUUAGAGAUUCUCUGGGUACGUCUUACUCCCAAAAGAUUACCCCGUGGAUUUACCUGUCUUGCAAUUGGCGUAAUAUACCACCCACCACGCGCCGAUGAUCAUGAAAUGCUCAGUUACCUUUCAACAUCACUUCCCACCAUUGAAAGCAAUUAUCCAGGCUGUGGUCUAAUGUUAUCAGGAGAGUUCAACCAAUUAAAAGUUAACCGUCUACUGAACCAGUUUCAAUGCAAACAAAUGGUCAAUGUUUCUACCAGAGCUGACAAGACUCUUGAUCUAAUUAUCACCAACUUAUACUCGUUUUACGCUAAAGACUCUGUAGAGAAACAUCCUCCCUUUGGCCUCUCAGAUCACAAUGUGGUCAUUCUAAACCCUAAAAACAGAUGCGAUAAAUCAGGUAGUCGAAAGGUCGUCAUAAGUACAGACAUGCGUCCCAGUAAAAAGAGCGAACUCGGAAGAUACCUAACCUCCUGUAAUUGGUCCAUCCUAAAUCAUCUCAAAACCUGUGAAGAAAAACUUGAGCUUUUCACUGAUCUUAUUAACCUGGGUAUCAAUAUCCUAAUGCCCAAAAUAAGAAUAACACUACAUGUGAAUGAUCCCCCUUGGAUCACAUCUAAUUUUAAGAUUCUUAUAAAAAACGCCAAGCAGCAUUUUCUAACGGCAAUAACGAACUGUUUAGGUAUUACCGCAACCGAGUUAAUCGCGAAAGAAAAAAAUGCUGUGAAAAGUUUUAUUCGUUGAAGGUUGAACAUCUAAAAAAGUCAAAACCAAGUCGUUGGUGGAAAGAAGUAAAACAGAUUGCUGGUAUGACCCCCUCAACGGGAGCGGAAGAUCUAUAUAACCAAAUUUACAUUGACGAUAUUGACCGGAAGUCUCCAAAUGAGAUUGCAAAUCUCAUAAACACAGCCUUCCUAGACCCCAUGAAAACUUACCAACCUCUUACUUCUCUUCCCACCUACGAUCCAAAUGACUCUGUCCUCCAUCUCGACGAAUUUGAUGUGUAUAAAGGGCUUGCGUCCCUUAACCCCAGAAAAGCCUCAGGCCCAGACAGUGUUCCGAAUUGGGUGUUAAACGAAUAUGCGGAAAUCCUCGCCCAGCCUGUCAGUUCGAUUCUCAAUAGCAGUUUUAAUGAACAACGACUCCCUGCCUCGUGGAAAGCAGCUGAUGUUGUUCCAAUCAUAAAAACGAAACCGGUAACCGAAAUUUGUUAACAUUUAAGACCAAUAUCACCCAGCCCAGCCCUUUCUAAAGUAGCAGAAGAAUUCGUUGUUUCUAAAUACAUUGGGCCAGCUAUCCUGUGUCAAAUCGACCCCAACCAAUUUGGAGUGAUACCAAAAUCCUCUACAUCUAUGACAGCGAUAUCAAUGAUCCACAAUUGGUCCCAAUCAACUGAUGGCACUGGCGCAGCAGUCAGAGUGGUCCUGUUUGACUAUAAAAAGCUUUUGACCUUAUUGACCAUUGUAUACUCGCUGAUACGAUCUCCAGAUUACCAUAUUCUAUGGAUGAUCAAUGAUCUUAAAAUCACUGAAGUAUCUACUUGGAAGUAUGUGGAUGAUACAACCGUUUCUGAGGUUGUUAAAAAAGGCGAUACCAGCAAAGCCCAAGACGCAGUUACCACAGUAGAAAACUGGUCGAAUUCCAACAGAUUACUUCUUAACGCAGAUAAAUGUAAAGAACUCCAAAUCGACUUUAAAUCCACGAAACAGAAAUUCGACCCUCUUAAAGUCUACGGGAAGAAAUUGCCGGUUGUCCAAAACGCUAAAAUUCUAGGCCUCACCAUCUCUAGUAACCUUAAAUGGACUAACCACAUUAACGAAGUCAUCAAAAAAGCUAACAAACGUCUUUACUUCAUUAUCUUACUUAAGCGCGCAAAAGUCAGUCCGAAAGACAUUGUAAACUUCUACUGUACAGUUAUCAGGCCCAUUUUGGAAUAUUGUGCCCCGGUUUUCCAUUACUCAAUCCCAUCCUUCCUGUCAGAAGAUCUUGAGACGGUACAAAAGCGAGCACUGAAGAUCAUUUUACCCGCGAAUUACUCAUAUAGCGAAACUUUAGAAUAUUUCAAUCUUCAAACUUUGUUCCAAAGACGCGAAGAAAUGUGUAACAAACUUUUUACAAAUAUUACUAACAAUUCGACAAACAAACUGCAUAAUUUACUGCCUCCCAAACAUGAGUCGGUUUACCAACUUAGGAACAAUAGACUGUUUGAACGAUUCGAAACUAAUACAGAAAGAUUUAAAAAAACUUUUAUUCCUAUGUCUAGUAACUUAAGUUAAUGUAAUUUUUAGUACUAAGCGUUUUAAUGACCAUUUGUAAAUAUGCCUAAUUAACCCAUAUUCUAUCUUUUAAAUAAUGUUCUAUAUACUUUUGUAAAUCACGCAAUUCAGCUGUCCAGCUGCAAGGUGAAUUUUAAAUACACUAUCUAUCUAUCUCAGCAAUAGCAAUGUUGCUUACAGUCGGGUCGGAACAGGAGAGCAUUUUAACUGCAUGAAUUAUAGCCUGGACAUCAGCUUCAAGGGUUGGAUCCAGGAGACCGAGACCACCAACGCGCUUAUGAGCGAAGAUGUAGGAAGCAGAAGCACGGGAUGGUAGUGCACAUAUUCUACGAACUGUGGCCACGAGGUGUGAACGGUAUACCAACAGAUUAUCUUUUUUGGGAAAACCAGCACGAAGAGCAAAUGUUAAGGAAGGUUUGAAGGAGGUACGGAUCAUGUCUAGUUUUUGCCAUGGAGCUAACAGUGAUUUCUCAAUGCUCUCCAAAUCACGAAUAAGGUCCUCUACCAGAUCCGAGAUGUUAUCAGGGUCGUGAAUUAAGCCAAUAGGAACACCAAGGUAUUUGUAAGGAUUUUCACGGUCGAGUUGAGAGAUCUUCGUUCGAGGUUUGUUCUGAACUAUAAAUUAAUUAAGUUAGAAAGACGACUGCAAAUUAUUUGAACAGGUCAGACUGAUCGAGGCACACUGAUCAGCUCUGAAGGAUAAGCCAAGGUCUGUUGCGGUAGACGAAGCAAUGUCUAAAAGCUUCUGGAGACGGUCUUUCUUUCUGGAUAUGAUGACAAGAUCAUUGGCAUAGGCAAGGACGGAGAAAGAAACGCCGUGGACUUUAGCAGGGCCAAUGUCGGAAGCAGAUCGCUUGAUCGCUCGGAGGAUUAGGUCAAUCGUCAGGUGAAAGAUAAUUGGGCUCAACGGACAUCCUUGCUUGACACCGGAUAGGACCGGUAUAUCAGUAGUAAGACCAGUGGGGGUACGUAUUUGAGUAGUGGCUCCAGCGUAAGAGUUUGUGAUCUUUUCUAUCAGCGGCAAAGGCACUCCAAUGUGCGUAAUGGUGGUGGUAAUUGCAGAAUGUGGAAUACUUCCAAAAGCAUUACGUAGAUCCAGCCAAGCGACAAAAGCCUUUUUGUGACUGCGUCUAGCUUCACCAAUGAUGGACUGAAGGAGAAAUGGUCGUAUUUCACUGAAUCGGUAAGUUUAUUGAUUUUUUUUAACAAUUUAUAUUAUUAUUUUUCUAAUAUGUGUUUUACAAUUAUAUAUUGAUUGCAUUACCUUUAGCUGCUCCCGUUAUAUAAACGGUAAUUGUGUGAUUUCUAUGCAUGGGUUUUCUAUUAUUUAGAAGUCGACGAAGCGAAAGCUGGACAAAAUGGUAUCUGAGGAAACUGUAGAUGGUGGUAAACUGAAAGAAGCUGCAACAAAGAAAGCUCAUGAAAGUAUUUUGAUUCAAAUUGCUGAUAAGGACCUAGUAGCAUUGGCAGUGAAAUACCAUAAACGUUGUUAUGAAAAGUACACAUCAUUUCUUAGGCACACCCGCAGUAGUCAAUCAAAUGACAAUGAAGGUGAAAUGCAUGAAUGCAACUAUUAAGAAUCUUUCAAUGUCUUCUGUGAAGAGUUUGUUAGAAGAAAAACUAAUUAAGCAGGAGAAUAUAUUUUACAUGAAAAAGUUGAAAAGAGAGCUUGUCAAGACAGUGAAACGUGUUGAAAACACUGAUGGCUCAAGUUAUAGAACAUUUCGAUUAAAGCAAAAAUUGGGUAAAAUGUUUUCACAACUUAUUUCCAUAGAUCAAAGGUACGAAACAAGAGUGAAAUUGUUUAUGCAGAGUGCCUCAGCCAAGCAAGUGUAGCAGAAUGUUUUAUGGAUGAUGACAUAGAAACGUUUCAGAGUUCACAAGAGUCGGAAUCUGAUGAUGACAUUGGAACGGAAGCAUCCACGUACACAAGUGCAACAUUGAAGGAAAUAUAUACAGUUGGCCUAACAUUGAGAAACAACUUGCAUGAUUGUACAUCAGCUUGGUACAAGAACUGGCCACCACAUGCAUCAGAUAUUACUGGUGAAAACGUUAGAAAGUUAGUAUCACCUUUCUUGUUUAAUUUUAUAGCAUGGAUGCUUGGGUUUUCAGAUGACCCAGAAAAUGCUGACUACAUUGAAUUAGAUGAGCAAACUACAACAAAGAUUUUUUCUCCGUGUCAAGAUUUGGUCUAUAUUUCUAAUAAGGGGAAAGUACAGACACCCAAGUCCCUGGCACUGGCAAUGACUGCUCGGCAGAUGUCUGGUUGUUCGGGCCUGAUUAAGAUUUUGCGUGGUUUUGGACAUUGUGUCCAUUAUCUUUGACAAUGGAAUAUGAAUCAGCUAUUCCACAGGAAAGAAUCAACACAUCAAACAGUAUUCCAAGGGAAUUUGUUGCAAAGGAGUAUGUCAAUCUGGUUUAUGACAACAUUGAUUUUGAAGAAGAAAUUGCUAAACAGACCCAUGUAACCAACGGGAUCAUUUCCCAAAAAGUCUGUAAUCAAAAACCGAUAAGUUCAACAAACCAGACAACCCUAAUAAAGAAGACACAGCGGACAGUAGAAAUGCCUAUAACUGAUAUUGUGCCUUACAGUAUUGGAGUAACGAAAACACCUACAUUUCAAAGUGUUGAACUGGAUCCUGAAUGUUUGGAACUUACUUUAGUAGAUGACUCAAAACAGACAGCUUCUAAACGUGAUUUGGCAUAUAUCUUAAUCAAAUAUUUAUGUACGUGCUGCAAAUGAAGAAGUAUUACCAGGAUGGACAGGGUUUAAUACCAUGCUCUUUAGUAAAGAACUAUCACAUGUAUCCAGGGUUGGCUAUUUGCCGGUCAUUGAUGCAUCACCAACAGAAUAUUCCUCUAUCAACACAAUGCUUACAAGGAGCAAAGAAAUCGCUGAUAAGUUGGAACUGAAAUAUGCGGUGUUGGUUUUUGACGAAGCUGUAUAUGCUAAAGCUCAACAGGUUCACUGGAAGGAAGAGACAUUCUUCAAUCGAUUUGUUGUACGCCUUGGUGAAUUCCACACUAUCAUGACCUAUCUGUCGGCUAUGUCAAAGAUAUUUGAAGAUGGAGGCCUAAAGGUAAUUAAUUUAACACUUAAUUAUCUACCCUAAGUUAACUUGACUGUGAUCAAAUCUCGUACCCAGGCUUGUUAGGGAAACAGGAAUUAUUAACAAAUAAUAAAUUUGUGGCGGUGCUAAUUAAGAAACAGUGAAACUGAACAGUAACAGUUUCAUUCCCCAUGCAUUCUGUAUAUGUUUAUUAACUAAAAUAUGAUUUUUUCUUUUUGUAUGUAGGAUGUAUUUAUAGAAUCUGGUAUUGUGAGCGAAGGAUCAAUCAAAGGCGUCCUUUCUGGUAAACAUUACAACAGUUCAGUGUCGUGUCAUAAGAUAAUGUAUGAAGCACUGCAACGCCUAAAAUUCCAAGCAUCUAUGGAUCAAAUGACCGAAGAAGACCAAGAAGUUAUGACUUCGUUCAUUGAGAGCAUGGCAUGAGGCUCGUUUCCGGAAGAUAAGUUCCUGAGUGAUGAUAUAGAAAGUCCUUUGAUGCAACAGAUAUUGGAAUCCUAUGAACUAUUUAUAGCAGAGUCAUGCAGUAAAUCAAGGAGAUUUGCCUUUUGGAGCAUGUAUAUUGAAAUUGCAGGUAAUUAUGCUGAAAAACUAUAUAUUUAUUAAUUUGUUUUAGAGCUCCAAUAUUGCACAUAAUAUUGCUGUUUUAUUUGCCAUGAUACUUGUAUAGGUAAUA